AUGAAGCUGUCUGCACUGUUGGCAUUGAGCGGCCUGGCUGGCAUAGGCUCCGCAUCAACCCUACAAACGAGAGAUUUUGAUUCGAAUGAUUACUACGUUCUGCACCUCGACCGGGCUGUCCAACCAGAGAACAUCGCCUCGAGAUUGGGACUUCGGCAUGAAGGUCCGUUGGGCAAUCUCGCAGAUCACCACAUCUUCUCUACGGCAAAACGCGACGAUGAUCUCGUCGAGAGCGCCAUCAAAGAACGGAGGCGGAAAAGAUCUCUUGUUGGCGACACUGACUACUUGGAUCUGGUAAAAUUCUCCCAGAAGCAGAGUUUGCACGCACCGCUUCAAAAGAGAAUCCCGCCCCCAAAGCCUGCCGGAUUCUAUCCAGUCCUGCCUCGACAAAACGCCGAUGCGAACGCUGUCAUCAAGCAGCAGUCUGUUAUGCAGCAGCUGGGAAUAUCCGACCCCAUCUUCCACGAGCAAUGGCACUUGUUCAACACGGUCCAGCUGGGCCAUGAUGUCAACGUUACCGAUGUGUGGUUGUCAGGUGUCACUGGCAAGAAUGCGACCGUGGCAAUCGUCGACGACGGUCUGGACAUGUACAGCAACGACUUGAAGCCCAAUUACUAUGCACAGGGUAGCUAUGAUUUCAAUGACCAGACUGAAGAACCCAAACCGAGGCUGUCUGACGACAAACACGGAACCCGAUGUGCUGGCGAAGUGUCUGCCGCAAAGAACGACGUCUGCGGUGUAGGUGUCGCCUACGACUCCAAGAUUGCCGGUAUCCGAAUUCUUAGCAAAAUGAUCAGUGAUGCCGACGAGGCUAUUGCCAUGAACUACGACUACCAGCACAACCAGAUCUACUCUUGCUCUUGGGGGCCCCCCGAUGAUGGACGCACCAUGGACGCACCUGGUGUUCUCAUCAAGAGUGCCAUGUUAAACGGUGUCCAAAAUGGCCGUGGAGGACUCGGAUCAAUCUUCGUAUUCGCUAGUGGCAACGGCGCUGCCAGUGAGGAUAACUGCAACUUUGAUGGGUACACCAACUCCAUCUACAGCAUUACCGUUGGUGCCUUGGACCGCAAGGGGGCGCACCCGUACUACUCUGAAAAGUGUUCUGCUCAGCUUGUGGUCACGUAUAGCAGUGGAGGCGGCGACGCUAUUCAUACUACUGAUGUAGGUGAGAAUGCGUGCUACAACGGCCACGGUGGUACCUCAGCUGCGGCACCUCUGGCGGCUGGCAUCUUCGCGCUUGCUCUCGAGGUCCGCAACGAUCUUAGCUGGCGUGAUAUGCAGUACAUUGCUAUUGAAAGCGCUGUACCCAUUGACCUUGACACGGAGGAGUGGCAAGACACGUCAAUGGGCAAGAAGUUCAGCCACACAUUUGGUUACGGCAAAGUCGACAGCUGGAAGCUUGUGGAAGUUGCAAAGACUUGGCAGAACGUCAAGCCCCAAGCUUGGUUCUUCUCCCCAUGGAUCCAUAUCAAGCAGGAAAUUCCUCAGGGUAACACUGGCCUUACCUCAACGUUUGAAGUCACGGCCGACAUGUUGAAGCAGGCCAACUUGGAAAAUGUCGAGCAUGUUACAGUUACCAUGAACGUUGAGCACACCAACCGAGGUGAUCUAAGUGUUGAUCUUAUCAGCCCGGAUGGCGUGACCAGCCAUAUUGCGACUACUCGCAAAUUUGAUUCCAGCAAGGAUGGGUAUGAUGACUGGACAUUUAUGAGUGUAGCACACUGGGGUGAGAAGGGCGUUGGCACGUGGACGAUUAUUAUCCGGGACUCCAAGGUCGACUCCCACAAGGGAAAGUUCAUCGACUGGCAUCUGAAGCUCUGGGGUCAAACGAUUGACGCCUCCAAAGCCAAGUUGCUCCCAAUGCCCACUGAACAGGACGAUGAUGAUCACGACAAGAUCGUCACCACCACCAUCCCUCCCGGAACAACCACUGUGCCCGCGGGUUCUGAUCAGACUGGCACACCUGUGCAUCCUACUGAUCUUCCAGACGACCAUCCUCACCGACCUCAGAAGCCUACCGGCACUGACGGCCAGCCGAUAGAAACCGGUACAACCGAGGAAGAAGCAGCCGAGACUUCUGCAGCGAGCUCAUGGGUUCCGUCCUUCUUGCCGACAUUUGGUGCCUCUCCUCACACUCUGGCCUGGAUCUACGGCUCACUUGGUCUCAUUGGCCUGUUCGUCUGCGGUCUAGGUGCAUGGUGGUGGAUUGUGCGCCGCCGCCGCGCCAGCCCUCGCGAUUCGUACGAGUUCGAACUCAUUGAUGGCGACGAGGGCGAAGGUCUGACGGGUGCGGGCGAGCCAAAGCGCAAGCGAGGUGGUGAGCUGUACGAUGCCUUUGCCGGUGGCAGCGAUGAUGAGGAUGAUGACGCUGCUGCCGUCCACGGUGCUGUGCGGAGAAGCAUUGACAGUGACGCCUCGGAAGAGGGCAAUGAGAAGCAGAGCUCCAGGCUACUCGGCCGGUAG